AUGGCCGAAGCACAAGCCCCUCUCGUGGCCGUCAAGGUCGAGGCCCUGGUGGUGAUGAAAAUCAUCAAGCACUGCAACCAGACCUUCCCCACUACCGCGACCGGUUCCCUCGUUGGUAUGGACAUCGACAACACCCUCGAGAUCACCAACUCUUUCAACUUCCCCGUAGUUGAUGUGCCCACCGAGUCGCACUUCGACAAUGCCGCCCCAAACCCUGCUGCCGCCGCUCCCGCUGAGAUGAUUCGCAUGGUGCGCGAGGUCAAUGUUGACGCCAACAACGUCGGAUGGUACACCAGCGCCAACAUGGGCAACUUCGUCAACAUGAACGUGAUUGAGAACCAAUUCUACUACCAGAAGGAGAUGAACGAGCGAACAGUCGCGCUGGUCCACGAUGUCAGCCGUAGCGCCCAGGGUGCCCUCAGCCUGCGUGCUUUCCGCCUUUCCGCCAAGUUCAUUGAGGCUUUCAAGGAGAACAAGUUCAACUCCGAGGAGCUGCAAAAGUCUAACCUCCGCUACCAAGACAUCUUCGACGAGCUCCCCGUCGAGAUCCACAACUCCCACCUGAUCACUUCCUUCAUUCACCAGCUGCAGACCCCCAAGAAUGCUCCUACCGACCUUCCCGCCUCCCUCGCUGCUCUUGAGGCCAGCCCCUUCUCUCAAUCCUCCGUUCUCUCUCCCAACCUUGACAACCUGUCUCUCAGCAUCGACCCCUUCCUCGAGAAGAACUGCGACCUCCUCCUGGAGAGCAUCGAGAACCACAACACCGAGGUCAACAACUACCAGUACUACCAGCGUGUUCUGGGUCGCGAGCAGCAGAAGAUCAACAACUGGAAGCAGAAGCGCACCCAGGAGAACGCCACCCGCGCCACCCUCAAGCAGCCCCUCCUGCCCGAGGACGAGUGGCAGCGUCUUUUCAAGCUCCCCGCCGAGCCCAGUCGGUUGGAGAGCAUGCUCAACACCCGCCAGGUGGAGCAGUUCUCGCGCCAGGUCGACAGCUUUGUCUCGUCGACUACCGGCAAGAUGUUCGCUGUUAAGGGCAACCUGCUGCCCGGUGAGACUGCGAAAUAG